AUGGCAAAGAAGCUUGUUGCAGUGUUUCUCAUGUGCAUUGUUGUCCUCGCAGCAGUGCAUGUGCAUGAGGUUGUAGCCGAUGAAGAAGUGUACAAGUCAUGCUAUGCACCCUGUCACCAGGAUUGCUCAUCCGAAGGCAAUGGCUAUACCUUCUGUGAAAUGAAGUGCGACGGUGACUGUGGGGCUAAAGAGCUUCAAGCCAAAUUGGAAAAGCUCAAGGCUUAA